UAGCAACUCAUAUAGAAGAACAUAACGUAGUAGGAGAAUGGUAUUGUUAUCCAUGUAAAAAAUGGGUAGAUUGUUUAGCAGAGCAUCCCGAAACAAAAACAAUUGCAUUCUUAUUGGUUUACCAAGAAGGAGAAUUGAGAGUAUUUCCCACUGACCGUUCUUCUAGUUCAAAUGCAAGAAAUUUAAGAAAUUAUUUAAUGGAUGGUGGAAUGGCAGCAAGUGGAAAGUUUUAUAACAAUCCAAUCCUUGCUAUUUAUCCCAACCCUAACAAUAGUCAAAUUAAACCUUUAAGUGUUAUUAGAGUGGAAAAAAGGCAUAAGAUGUUAAAUACUCCUUUUAAACAUGUAGGAGUUUAUUUAGGAAAGAACCAAGUCUGUCAUGUUUAUGGUUAUUCAGAGGAUGAGAAAAAUAUGAAAGCUCAAACCACUAAUAUUAGUUUAUUCUUAGGAGAUACUGCUACUACUAAGAGAAGUGGAAAUGUGGAAGAGUUCAGACAGUUUAUUCCUUUUAUUCAUUGGAGUGAUGUAAAACAACGAAUUGCUUGGAUAGAACAAAGAACUUUAUUUCAGUUCAGGAUUAAACCUUUAUGGUGGAGUUUGAUAGUGGAUGCUGUAAGAGCAAACAAUAGAACUUCUAAUAAUAACAAAGGGCAAACUAUAAAGAUAUGUGAUGAAAUAAAUGAAAGUAAGAAAAAAUUAGGUUUAAGUAAUAAUUGGAGAUUCGAGCAACUAGAACAACAGAUUUUAAUUCCUCCAAAAGAGAAUAAACUCUUAAAAAUCCUUGAAAGAAAAAGAACCCAAAUAACAGAGGAAAAGAAAGCAGAAAAGAUUGAUAGGUUAUUAAAAGAGUGUGAUGAACUACUAGAUAAAAUUAAUGGUUUAGGAACUGAAUUUAAGGAACUUACUGAAUAA